AUGCGUGGAGUGACCAGGGCUCAGCUGCUGUGGUCAGAUCUGUCUGUGCGUAAAGGGGACACGCCUCCUAUGCGCGCGGAGGGGAUGGAGAUGGACGCGUCACUCUCUGCUCCGUGGCCCAGAACCAGUCCUGGACCAGCUCAGGAUCAGCCCCUGGCCCAGAACCAGCCCAAAACCAGCCCAGAACCAGCCCCCGGCCCAAAAACAGCCAAGAACCAGCCCUUGGUCCAGAACCAGACCCCAGCCUAG